AUGUCUAAUAGGAUAUGUUACUUAAAUUUUCCUUACUAUAAAAUUUAAUUAAAACUCCUAAGGCGCAUUAAUUAAAAAAGAAUAAAUAAAAAAAAUAAUAAUCAUAAUACAACUACUCCAUCCAUCCAUCCCUCCCUUAUUUAUUUAUUUAGCUUUAACAAAAUUCGCGUACCAAAAUGUAUAUAAAUACCAAAUUAAUUAACUCUCUCAACUGCAAAAUUAUAAUUCACCCACCAGAUACAUACAAAUCACUAAUCUUAUAUCUAUAAAAAAAAUACUUAAUAAAUAUCAUCUAAUUUUUAUAUUCCUAUUUCAAUUUACUGCUUUUUGCUAUAUAUUGUGUUACUACUUCUAUUCUAAAAAUUUACUAUCAUCUAAAUCGCUUUAUUUUUAUUUUACAAAUAUUAUUAAUCAACCAUUCAACUUAUAUAUGGACAUGUAAGUGUGGUAGUUAUCAAUUUUAUUUUAUAUAUUGCCUAAUAAAUUCAAUUCUUUUAAAUCAUCAUUUUCAGUUGCAGUCGUCACCAACUGGUGCUUUUUUACUGA